AGCCAUCACCAGUGGCAUCAUGGCGGUGAAGGCUCUAGUCUUGUUAGCCAUCGUCGCCUGUUGUGGAUUCGUCCACGCCCGGCAGACGAGCGACUGCGCCAGCAUGUGCACUAGCAUCGCACCUCCUGGGUUCCUGAAUCCAUCACGGCCUCAAUCAAUUUUUGGCAUCGGGCGCGCCGGCCACGCUAAGAAGCAUGGCGCUGCGCAGCGCUCAUCAGUGCACCACGGAGCGGCCAGCCGCCAGAGCGAGACGUCCAACAGCGAAGUCUGCGAGAACCUGUGCAACAGCCUCGGGCAGGGUAUGGGCAAUGGACAGGAAUUCACUUGUCAAACCUUCUGCAGUGGUUUCAGCGGGUCUUCUGGGCGAUCUAAUCCCUCAGCACGAAGCAUUCAUAAGCAUGCCGGUAGCCGCUCUGCUCACGCCCUGAAGAAGCACCGCAGCGUACGUUCGGCGAUGCCGCUCCCACUCGCUGCCCAACAAUCCCGCCAGCAGCGACAAGAGAACGGCGUAACGGAAUUCUGCAACGCCGUGUGCCCUACGAUUACGGAGAUUUUUUUCCCGGGCUUUCUAAUACCAGGCGGAUCAGCAGGUGGAUCAGGAGGAACAAGUAGCUCAGGUGGUUCCUAUGGGUCUGGCGGCUCAGCUGACAGUUCAGGUGGGUCAAGUGCAACCACUGGUGGAGCAGAUGACUCUACUGGCUCUGCAAAUGGCCAGAGUGGCUCUACUGACGGAUCCACGGAAUCUUCAGGUUCUGGUGUGACUACUGGUGGUUCAAGCGGAUCUGCAGGCGGCUCUGGUGGAUCAGAAGACUCUACUGGCAGUUCUACUGGGUCCACUGAUGGUUCUAGUGCAUCUAAUGAUGGAACCUCCGGAUCUUCAAAUUCUGGUGAGACUACAGAAGGUUCAGGCGGAUCGACAGGCGCCUCUGGUGGAUCAGGAGGCUCUACUGGCAGUUCUGCUGGGUAUACAGAUGGCUCUGGUGCAUCUAAUGACGGGACGACCGGGUCUUCAAGUUCUGGCUCGACUACAGAGGGUUCAGGUGGGUCUACAGGCAGCUCUGGUGGAUCAGAUGACUCUACUGGCGGUUCUUCUGGAUCGACUAAUGGCUCUGGUGCAUCUAAUGAUGGAACGACCGGAUCUUCAAGUUCUGGCUCGACUACAGAGGGUUCAAGCGGAUCUACAGGUAGCUCUGGUGGAGCAGACGACUCUAGUGGUAGUACACAUGGUUCAGGUGGGUCUACAGGCAGCUCUGGUGGAUCAGACGACUCUACUGGCGGUUCUUCUGGAUCGACUGAUGGCUCUGGUGCAUCUAAUGAUGGAACGACCGGAUCUUCAAGUUCUGGAUCGACUACAGAAGGAUCAAGUGGAUCUACAGGUAGCUCUGGUGGAUCAGACAACCCUAGUGGUAGCACACAAGGUUCAGGUGGGUCUACAGGCAGCUCUGGUGGAUCAGACGACUCUACUGGCGGUUCUACUGGAUCGACUGAUGGCUCUGGUGCAUCUAAUGAUGGAACGACCGGAUCUUCAAGUUCUGGCUCAACUACAGAAGGAUCAAGUGGAUCUACAGGUAGCUCUGGUGGAUCAGACAACCCUAGUGGUAGCACACAAGGUUCGGGUGGGUCUACAGGCAGCUCUGGUGGAUCAGACGACUCUACUGGCGGUUCUUCUGGGACAACAGCGGGAUCUACUGGUUCCAGUGGUGGAUCCACUGAAUCAUCAAGUUCUGGUGGGAGUACAGAUGGUUCAAGCGGAUCUACAGGCAGCUCCAGUGGAUCACAUGACUCUACUGGCAGCUCUAGUGGGUCUACAGAUGACUCUAGUUCAUCUGAUGAUGGAUCCAGCGGUUCUUCAAGUUCUGGUUUCACUACAGAGGGUUCAAGCGGCAGUUCUCAUGGGUCAGAUGACUCCACUACUAAUUCUAAUGAAUCUAGUGAUGACAUCACAGGAUCAUCAGGUUCUGAUGCAACUACAGAUGGUUCAGGUGGAACAACUGGUAGCUCUGAUGGAUUAGGUGUCUCCAGCAGUGGGCAAGGUGGAUCUGAUGAUGGAUCAGUCAGUUCCGGUGGUGCAGGGAAUUCUCCUGAUAUCGACAUCUGCCUCUUCGAGACGAGGAAAAGUGCAGGUGCGCGAAAAGCAGCAUCGAAGUCAAGUUCGUCGGUAAAAUCUACAGCAACAAGACAUGGAGGAAAGGAAAGGAAGAGAAUAAAUGCGGCUGCCAGGUCUGGCCACAAACAUGGAUCGAAAACCUCAGCUUCCAGAGCACAUCGAAGACAACAUACAGCACAUGGUCACUAACUUUCCAGUUCAGUUAUCCAUGUUUACCCAGUUACUGUAGCACAUUCUUGUUUCUAAUCUCAUUCCUGUUGUCACUACAAAAUACAUAUUAGCUUGUUCGCAAGCUAUGUUGGAUAAAAAUAAAUAUUAUUUUUCAACAUUUA